AUGGCUUUCCAAUCACACAUUCAACUUUCUUGUCUCUCAAUUAUCACAUUUUACAUUCUUCUCGCAACUCCUUGUGCAACUGCACUAAACUUUAACAUCCCCAAAAUCGGUCCCAAAAAUCGCAACGACAUAACCACCAAUGGAGACGCUUACAUCUCCUCCGAAGGCAUCCACCUUGCGGCAAAUAAGCACGAUACCAACUUCGAGCAGAAAGCCGGCAAAGCCACCUACGUCAAACCACUUCACCUUUGGGACAAAGUUUCUGGCAAGUUGACCGACUUCACCACCAAUUUCACCUUCGUGAUUGAUUCGAAAGGAAGUUCAAGUUUUGCAGAUGGGCUUGCAUUCGUCCUUCAACAUUCCGGUGCCAGCACCACUGCUGGCGGUGCCAUUGGGCUCCCAAUCAACCCAUCGACAUUGGAACCCACUAGCCAAUUUGUCGCGGUAGAGUUUGAUACCUAUCAGAAUACUUGGGAUCCACAAAACAUCACUCCUGUUACUCAUAUUGGUAUCAAUAUCAACUCUAUUAAGUCUAAUGUGACUCGAGUAUGGUACAAUAACAUAAUUCAUGGGAUACAAAAUGAAGCUGUGAUUAGUUAUCGCUCUAAAUCGAAAAAAUUGAGUGUUGUUGUCACUAGCUCUAUGAAUAAUGUCAAACAAGGCCUUAAUUUCCUAGUUGAUUUGAGGGACUACUUGCCAGAACGGGUUAAAUUUGGCUUCUCGGCUUCAACUGGUGCGCUUUUUGAAAAAAAUGUUGUUAAGUCAUGGAAAUUUAAUUCGGCCUUUUAA